CCCUUGCAUACCGGGUACCUCUCCACCAAGUGGAAUCUGGUUCGAAGGUUCCCUCGGACUAGCCCAACAUAAUCCCCCCCGGUCCGUCUCCAUGAUGAAUCCCAACCUCAGAAAGCGGCGGGCUUACGGCCACGACGAGGUCCCUGCUACUCCAGUGGUGCAUGGCUGGACUCAGCCGCCAAUUGACCUCGACACGCUGUCCUUGCCUGUCGAGCAUCGCUAUAUACUAGACCAGGGUGCUCUGUCUUAUGUCCUCACGCCGUCCGACACUUUCGAUCAGCGGCCUCAGUAUGCCCUGGGGCGGACCGCCUUCUUUCUGAGCCCGCCCGUAAAUGCUCAACUGGCCUUCAGCAACCCGCAGUACCCCUAUCCAAACAAUCAAGAGCAGCCAAACCUGGUUGCACAGCAUCACUCGCACAAGAGACCCCGAUUGAACCAGAGCAUCCCGAUGCCGGUAUCGUACUCGGACGACCUCCCUGUGCCACAUGGCCAGGAGAAGACGCCUCUGGGCAUCCAGCCGGAUGGCGGUACGAACGCUGGCCGCAAGUCUUACGGGCUGCUUCCCGGAAGGAGCCUCUCAUCGGGCUGGACGGGCGCCCGGCUGGCCGAUUGUUUUGCGAGCAUUUCCAUGUGCUCGCCGUUUGAGUCACAGCAAUCGUGCGAGUCACUCGCUUCACCCCCGUCGUAUGACUACCAGGACCACCGGCCACCGGCGUUGGAGACCACUGUCGUCUCAGCUCAGCCUCAGACCUCUCUACUUCCUACACCCGUGAGCCCGGAUUCGACUGCGCUCUUCCUGUGUGACGAUCCUGCGAUGAUGGCCCAGUAUCUUGCAAGCUAUCCUCCAUUGCAGCCCGAGCGGGUCAUGGAUGUUCAGCCUGCCAUCAGGAGGGAAGAAAUGAUCUACCCGGGCGUCUCGGCAACUGUCAAGUUCGAGUGCGACCAGCCUUAUUUGGUUGACACCUCGGUGCAGGCGAGUUCUUUACCAGGCGCUUACGGUGCGACAGGCGCCUCUUCGCCCUAUGACGGGCGCGGUAUCGCCAUGAGCUUGUCCUCACACUUCAAUCCGGUGCAAGGUUUUGACGGCAGGUCAACAUCGGAGCAUGCGCCUGCCCAUGACGAGCCUACGUCUGUGGAUUGGUUCCCUGCCCCCAAAGCAACUCCUGUCAAGCGCGGCCCCUUCAAGGAUCAAGAUUCGCGAGAGAAAACGGCCCUUACCAGGAAGAUGGGCAGCUGCAUUCGAUGUCGAAUGCAGCGGAUUCGCUGCAACCUUGACCCAGAGAAUGAGAGAGGCCCGUGCUUGUCAUGCAAGAAGAUUGCGAGCAGUGCAAAGGUGUAUCGGCUGAACUGCCUGCGUCUGAAGAUCACCGAUGUGAAGCUUUUUAAGCCUGGCCAGGUCAAGGGGCAGGAAUGGACCAACCGAUGGAAAGACAGCGUGAUGGACGACAUCGGCACCUGGGAGUCGUCUCAAGUACGAACAAUUGAGGUCACGGAGGGUUACACGGGCCGAUCGGUCAAGCUGAAAGUCCGGCAGUUCAGACCGCAAGAAGGGGACAAGGUGAAGCGAUCAUGGGUGUCAAAGAACGGCAACCGAUACGAGGUAGAAGUCCCGGCCUUUGCCAUUGUAAACCUGGACGACGCCAAGGCCGAGUUUGAUCAGUACAUCAAGAUUGGCCAGGCCAACUGCUUUCAGCGCUUGAUGGGUUCACGAGACGAACUGCUCUGGCAGACGUAUGAGUUGGCCAUGAAGGCGGCAGGGGACCUCUCAAAACCACUUUCGGAGAGGAGCCUGCUGGUGGCGACUCUCGAUCUCUGGAUGUCUGUCCGGCUGACGACCAAGUCGUUUGAGAUUGUCGGCGAUGAUACAUUGGGCAUGCCCAGGGACAUCAUCAAGGACCAGGACAGCGCGCUGUACCGCAAAGUUCCCCUCCCGCCGGUGAUGGGGGCGCAGAUUGAUUCGCUGCUCAUCCACCAGAUCCAGCCCCGACUUCGUCGGAAAGCGCUCGAGGAGCUGCAAAAGAUGACGCAAGAGAAGAAGCAGAAAACGUGGCUCACGACGUAUCUGGUGACGUUCAUCCUGUUGCACAACAUUGCCCUAAUUACCAAGCACGAUGCAGACUAUGCCAGAAAGCACGGCAUGCCGACGCGGUUCGCGAGAGAGGCCAAUGUCAAGGAGUACAACGCGGGUGCGAAUACGCUGCUUGCCUACUUUCACUACUGCAACAAGGCUAUCUACCCAUUCUCUUCUGAAUGCAAGGACCAAGAUCUUCAGACAUUAGCGGAGCUCAACGAUGAGGAAUUCUCGUUCGUGCAUAGGACCAGACGCUGGGUCGCUAAGCGCAAAAACGAAUGGGAAACCCUCUGGGCUCACGAUGAAUACGAGAACGAGUUCUACUACCUGAGCCAGCUCUUUGAGCACAACUGGCAGCCCCGGACCAUGGCCUAGGGAGACUUAUUGGGCGUCACUUGGCGGCUCAUGCCAGCUAACUACACAGUAACUUUAGCUUGGCCAAUUCCCAUGGAAGAAGAGGGGGAGUGUGGAUUGCGCGGUAUGCAUGUGCAACCAAGGAGGAGCCCGGGAUGGUGUUCUUUGGAGUUCACCAUCUCUCGAGAGGGGCCUAGACUCUGAUUUACAGUAUGGUUGGAGUACGAUAUUUCUAGAACUGGUUUUGGAUGGCAGCUAACAGGUCGCCGACGAGGGGAGGAAGCGCUUGUGUUUCCCUAUUGACAUCAGGAUAUACUGGUGCAGGUACGUCAAGGCUUAACAUGAUGUCCCGAGCAUGUACAGUAUAACUCACCUGGGGAGAAUGCUCAACAAACUUUCCAG